AACCAACUCUCUCUCUCUCUCUCUCUUUUAAAGAUAGCAUCUUUUUCUCAGAGCUAUGGCCACUGUUGCCGUGAACGGAGCUGGGCCCGGAAUAGCGCAUACUCAGGCGUAUUUGGAGAGCAAAGCUGUGAAGGAGACCAGAGUGUUGAUGUCAGAGCUUUGCCGUCAGUUCUACACCCUUGGUUGGGUAUCUGGGACAGGUGGCAGCAUCACAAUCAAGGUCCAUGAUGACUCCAUCCCUAAACCUCAACAGCUCAUCCUCAUGUCACCUUCUGGCGUUCAGAAGGAGAGAAUGGAGCCAGAGGACAUGUAUGUGAUGUCUGGAAAUGGAUCUAUCUUGUAUUCGCCAUCUCCGAAGCCGUACCCACAUAAGUUUCCCAAAUGUUCUGAUUGUGCUCCUCUUUUCAUGAAGUCAUAUGAGAUGCGUAAUGCUGGAGCUGUUAUCCACAGUCAUGGGAUAGAUUCUUGCCUAGUUACUAUGAUCAAUCCGAAUUCAAAAGAAUUUCGUAUAACUCAUAUGGAGAUGAUAAAAGGAAUCCAAGGGCAUGGUUAUUAUGAUGAACUUGUGGUCCCAAUCAUAGAGAACACUGCCUAUGAAAAUGAGCUCACUGAUUCUCUUGCUAAAGCGAUAGAAGCCUAUCCCAAAGCAACAGCUGUGCUUGUUCGUAAUCAUGGCGUAUACAUUUGGGGGGACUCGUGGAUCAGUGCUAAAACUCAGGCUGAAUGUUAUCACUAUCUCUUUGAUGCUGCUAUCAAACUUAAUCAACUGGGUCUGGACUGGUCUACUCCAAACCAUGGUCCAAUUCAGAAUGCCAAAGGAAUUUCAGGCAGUAACGAGUACAUAAAUAUUACCCCAAAAGCAAUGACUAGAGACUCAAAUUCUGGUUCAGAUCCAUUGCCAAGUUGCAUUGUGCUUGACAUUGAAGGGACUACUACUCCCAUAUCAUUUGUUACUGAGAUUCUCUUUCCAUAUGCUCGUGUCAGUGUUGGAAGGCAUUUGUCUGCGACAUACGACACAGCAGAAACUAAAGAAGAUAUAAAGUUGUUGCGCUCUCAAAUUCAAGAUGACCUGCAACAAGGAGUUGCUGGUGCUGUACCUGUACCUCCAGAUGAUGCUGGGAAAGAGGAGGUGAUAGCAGCUUUGGUUGCUAAUGUGGAAGCAAUGAUAAAGGCUGAUCGGAAGAUCACCGCUUUAAAACAACUGCAAGGUCAUAUUUGGCGAACUGGGUUUGAAAAUAAUGAAUUGGAAGGAGUAGUUUUUGAUGAUGUGCCUGAAGCCCUUGAAAAGUGGAAUGCUUUGGGAAUAAAGGUAUACAUAUAUUCUAGUGGUAGCAGAUUGGCCCAGAGGCUUAUAUUUGGAAAUUCAAACCAUGGGGAUUUAAGAAAAUAUUUAUCUGGAUUUUUUGACACUGCAGUCGGGAACAAAAGAGAGACACAAAGUUACAUUGAAAUCACAGAUUCAGUGGGAGUUGAUAAACCAUCUGAAAUUUUGUUUGUUACAGAUGUCUAUCAAGAAGCUACGGCUGCAAAAGCUGCGGGUUUGGACGUGGUAAUCUCUGUCCGGCCGGGAAAUGGUCCUCUUCCAGAGAAUCACGGGUUCAAGACAAUCACUUCAUUCGCAGAAAUAUAAAAGCACACCUGCUUCAAAUAUGAUAAUUACUGUUGAUAUAUGAACACCAAGAAUAAACAAGUCAGGGGUUUAGAAACAAGAUGUCUGUCACUGUAAAAUGUUAUGAGCAUUGUCUAGUAAUCUGCAUUGCUUUUAACACUUAAGUAUGUUCUUGGCUUUGAAGAUAAAUGAUAGCUUGUUUCCAAAGUAUGCAUGAUUUUUGCUGCAUUUCUUUCA